GCUGCGGGCCGAAACACCGAGAAAGAAUAUCCCGGUCUCAACCGGUUUCAACCGGUCUGUGGUUGGAAGCAUGAGCUGAGAAGACGGGCAUCCGAGCACGCACUAAACAUUUCUACUGUACCGCAGUGUGCGCAUAGAGUCAGAAAUAAAACGAGACGUUUUCAUUUCGUGAUUAUGACCCGUAUUACCGCUCUAGAGUGACUCCGUGGAUUUGUGUCGUUAGCUUAGCAUGAGACGGUUUGUUAGCCAGUGGGUCUAAGUCGUCUAUGACUUUUUCAUUAGCUCGCCAAGUUGCUGUUAGCCUGUUUAGAGGUGGAUGUAAUCAUCAUAUCUGUAGACAUUUUUUAGUGAAUGAAGAGCAGAAAAAGAAGCAUGGUGUGCUAAACUUCUUAGGACAUUGCCACGUUUACAGCGUAAGGGUGUUUUAACAACUUCGAUAACUGAUUUGACAUCUAGGAAAGCAGACAUUAGCAUUUAGCAACCGGAUGCUCGGGUCAGUGUUACGUAAAGGAUAACGCUGAGAAGUUUUUAGUCUUUUUAUAUAUUUCUCACGUUGCUUUUCUGCCUCAACUCACGUCGGCAGACAAGUAUUUCUUUUUUAAUAGGCGGACAGCACGUACAAGGGAGCUCUAUGCCAGCAGAAAUGACAAUGUUGGCCGAUCAUCCUGCCAGACAGCUGCUGGACUUCAAUCAGAAGCUGGACAUCACGCUAUUGGACAGUGUUGUCAACUCCAUGUAUCAUGACAUCGGGACCCAGCAACGAGUAGCCCAGGAGGUGCUCACCAAUCUGAAGGAUCAUCCAGAUGCCUGGAGCAGAGUGGACACCAUCCUGGAAUUCUCCCAGAACAUGAAAACAAAAUAUUAUGCACUGCAGAUUCUGGAGUCGGUCAUCAAAACCCGUUGGAAGAUUCUCCCCAGAAGUCAAUGUGAAGGAAUCAAAAAAUAUGUUGUUGGGCUGAUUAUUAAGACUUCUUCUGAUCCUGCCAACAUGGAGAAAGAGGGCGUGUACAUUUCCAAGCUGAACAUGAUCCUUGUCCAGAUUCUGAAACAAGAAUGGCCCAAACACUGGCCCACCUUCAUCAGUGAUAUUGUUGGAGCCAGUCGGACCAGCGAGAGCCUCUGUCAGAACAACAUGAUCAUCCUGAAGCUUCUUAGCGAGGAGGUGUUUGACUUCUCCAGUGGCCAGAUGACCCAAGUGAAGGCCAAACAUCUCAAAGACAGCAUGUGCAACGAGUUUUCGCAGAUAUUCCAGCUGUGCCAGUUUGUGAUGGAAAACUCUCAAAAUGCACCGCUGGUCCACGCCACGCUGGAGACUCUGCUGCGGUUCUUGAACUGGAUUCCUUUGGGAUACAUUUUUGAGACCAAACUUAUCAGCACGCUUGUCUACAAGUUUUUGAACGUGCCCAUGUUUCGCAACGUUACAUUGAAAUGUCUGACAGAGAUCGCUGGAGUAAGCGUCAACCAGUACGAGGAGCAAUUUGUCAACCAGUUCACCCUCACCAUGUGUCAGCUCAAACAGAUGCUGCCGCUGAACACCAAUAUCAAAUUGGCAUUUGCCAAUGGGAAGGACGAUGAGCAGAACUUUAUUCAGAACCUGAGUCUGUUUUUGUGUACAUUCCUAAAAGAACAUGGCCAGCUCAUCGAAAAAAGGCCCAACCUGCGUGAGACACUCAUGGAGGCCCUACACUACAUGCUGCUGGUGUCCGAGGUGGAGGAGACGGAGAUCUUUAAGAUAUGUCUGGAGUACUGGAACCACUUGGCAGCAGAACUCUACAGGGAGAGUCCAUUCUCCACUUCCAGCACUCCGUUGUUGUCUGACGUCCCUCCUCGAAGACACCUCUACUUGCCCGUGCUCUCCCAGGUGCGUCUGCUGAUGGUGAGUCGCAUGGCCAAACCAGAAGAGGUUUUGGUGGUGGAGAACGACCAGGGUGAGGUGGUCAGAGAGUUCAUGAAGGAUACAGACGCCAUCAAUCUGUACAAGAAUAUGAGGGAAACUCUUGUCUACCUGACACACCUGGACUAUGCAGACACUGAGCGCAUCAUGACAGAGAAGCUGCACAACCAGGUGAACGGCACCGAGUGGUCAUGGAGAAACCUGAAUAUGCUCUGCUGGGCCAUCGGGUCGAUCAGUGGAGCCAUGCACGAGGAGGACGAGAAGAGGUUUCUGGUUACUGUCAUUAAGGAUCUUCUUGGUUUGUGUGAGCAGAAAAGAGGAAAAGAUAACAAAGCUAUAAUCGCAUCAAACAUCAUGUACAUUGUGGGUCAGUACCCUCGGUUCCUCAGAGCUCACUGGAAGUUCCUAAAGACCGUCGUCAACAAGCUGUUUGAGUUUAUGCAUGAAACCCAUGAUGGCGUACAGGACAUGGCGUGCGACACCUUCAUCAAGAUUGCCCAGAAGUGCCGUCGUCACUUUGUCCAGGUUCAGGUGGGGGAGGUGAUGCCCUUCAUUGAUGAGAUCCUAAACAAUAUCAACACCAUCAUCUGUGACCUGCAGCCUCAGCAGGUCCACACCUUCUACGAGGCAGUGGGCUACAUGAUCGGAGCGCAGACAGACCAGGCAGUUCAAGAACUUUUGAUAGAGAAGUACAUGUUGCUGCCUAACCAGGUGUGGGACAGCAUCAUCCAACAAGCUACCAAGAAUGUAGACAUCCUGAAGGAUGCAGAAACAGUACGUCAGCUGGGCAGCAUCCUCAAGACCAACGUCAGAGCCUGUAAAGCUGUUGGUCAUCCUUUUGUCGUCCAGCUGGGUCGAAUCUACCUGGACAUGCUCAACGUCUACAAAUGUCUCAGUGAAAAUAUUUCCUCAGCCGUCCAGACCAAUGGCGAGAUGGUGACGAAGCAGCCUCUGAUCAGGAGCAUGAGGACAGUAAAGAGAGAGACUCUGAAGCUGAUUUCAGGUUGGGUCAGUCGCUCCAAUGACCCUCAGAUGGUGGCAGAGAACUUUGUGCCGCCCCUGCUGGAGGCUGUUCUCAUCGAUUACCAGAGGAACGUCCCAGCUGCCAGGGAGCCUGAGGUUCUCAGCACCAUGGCAACCAUCGUCAACAAACUGGGAGCACACAUCACCAUUGAAAUCCCCAAGAUCUUUGAUGCUGUCUUUGAGUGCACUUUAAACAUGAUCAACAAGGACUUUGAAGAAUUCCCAGAACACAGAACUCAUUUCUUCUACCUGCUUCAAGCUGCCACCUCUCAGUGCUUCCCAGCGUUCCUGUCGAUCGCUCCGGCCCAGUUCAAACUCAUUCUGGACUCCAUCAUUUGGGCCUUCAAGCAUACGAUGAGGAAUGUCGCUGACACAGGUCUCCAGAUCCUCUACACACUCCUACAGAACGUGUCUGCUGAAGAGGCGGCAGCUCAGAGCUUCUACCAGACAUACUUCUGUGACAUCCUGCAGCACAUCUUCUCAGUGGUGACUGACACGUCUCACACUGCAGGUCUGACCAUGCAUGCCACCAUCCUGGCCUACAUGUUUAACCUGGUGGAGGAGGGGAAGGUUAACGUGGCUCUGAGCGCCUCCAACCCCACCAACAACCAGCUGUAUGUGCAGGAGUACAUCGCCAACCUGCUCAAGAUGGCAUUCCCACAUCUACAGGAUGCCCAGGUGAAGGUGUUUGUAACGGGUUUGUUCAGCCUGAACCAGGACAUCCCAGCCUUUAAGGAGCAUCUAAGGGAUUUUCUUGUUCAGAUAAAGGAGUUUGCCGGUGAGGACACUACAGAUCUCUUCUUGGAGGAGAGAGAGACGGCUCUUCGCCAAGCUCAGGAGGAGAAACACAAGCUCCAGAUGUCUGUACCCGGCAUUCUCAAUCCCCAUGAGCUGCCAGAGGAGAUGUGUGACUGAAGCCAUCCAAGCAAAUGUAGCCCAGCCCUAGAGAGGAGGAAGCUUCCUGUCCACACAUGUUUGGUGUGCCUGAACCCAGAGAAACCCUGGCGCUCGGCUAUGUCGACCAAAUCAGUGUCUAUAUGUAAAUGAGAACUUCCCUCGGUUAUUGGUGUCUUUUUUCUUUACAAAUUUAUUUUAUACAGGAAUGAAGUGUUUGUGUGUAACCUGCCAACUUUAGUUACUCAUUUGCUAUUAAAGCUUUGUGUCUGGUACCGCAGUUCCUUUACAUCUGCAUAAAGUUUCAGUAAUUAAAGGUUAUUUUAAUCCCUAUUCACUUUAAUUUUACCGCCCCUUCGUUGUUAAUAUGUAAUAUAAUAAUGAGACGUGUGCAGUGCUUAUACGAUGGGUUGUCCCAGUGUUCGGCGUGCCAAGUGCACCGUAUAGAACGAAUGAGUAGGUUGGGUCUUUGCUUCAUUUUUCUGUCUUGUUUUCCUUUGUGAGGUAGGUGUUGUUGAAUCCGGCUCCGUUGCUUUAGAAUGGGAAAGAAGGCUGUGUGCAGAUCAUCCUGAUUGUAAACCUUAAGUACUUUAUAAAGUUGGCUAUUUUUACAGAA